AUGCCCGCGAAGCUAUUUUUUCUCCUUGGUGAGGACGUGUCCUCCGCUAGGAAUAUUGAUGUUGACCCAACGAGUGGCCUGGAAGAUCUCAAACACUUGAUCGCAGCCCACUUUGCAAUUGUUGAGCCAAAUGGCAUCGGUUUCCAAGCUGAAGACCAUGAGCUCGGCGAGGUUUCGGAGAUCACUUCGGCGACCACGCCAGUCGCAAUCAGUAUUGACGGGCACGCAAUUCGCGAUGCUCCAGGUCCGAAGGGUCUACCUUUCGUCGGAAAUUUCUUCGAGGUAUAUCCGGAUCACCUUGGCAAUCACCAACGCCUCUUCGAACAAUACGGACCUCUCAUCAAGACGACGAACCUCGGGCGCACCACAUACCAUACCAAUGAUCCUACACUUGCAGCAAUCUGUUUUUCCGAGUCUGACUUCUUCACUAAGGAGAUCAAUGAGGCUCAUCCGCUUUAUCCUCUGAAACAACAGGCUGCUGGUUGGAGAGUUGCGCAUAAGUUUCUACCACCAGCUCUUGGUCCCAAGGCGGUCCGUCACUACGCGCCUAUGAUGCAGAAGACAGUGGAAGAUUCCUUUGAGGUUUUCGAUGCCCUUGACAAGCAAGGCGAAGCAUGGAACGUUUAUCAAUACAUGUUGAAGCUCGGUUCUCAAGCUGUUGGCAAGCUUACACUUGGCAUGGAUUUUGAGCACUUCGUCUCUUCAGACGCUCAGCUUCACGAAAUAGUGCAUCUCAUUGCUGAACUUCUUUCUCUCAACAAGAAGGUUUCAUCGAAGGGAGAUUGGUACGGUCGACUACCAUUUGGUGAUCCACAGCGACUCAGGAAUAUCAAAGCCCGAAUUGAGGAGCUUAUAGGUAAAUCUAUCAAGGAAGCUGAGAGCGGCGGCGUGGAGGACCUUCCACUCCAGGAUGCAGCACUCAAAGCCUCUAAUAUGGUUGACUACGCAAUUCGUGCCACCGACAACAAAGGAGAAAAGCUUCCUAAAGAGAGCUUGAUUUGGGCUCUACUUGUAGCAACCGGUGCUGGCUUUACAACUACAAGCUCCCUGCUAUCCUGGUUGAUCUACGGACUCGUGACAUAUCCCGGAAUGCAAGAAAGACUUCUACAAGAGCUGGUUGACAAUGGUAUUGAUGAGAACACGGAGAUUACAGCUGAUGUCACCGAUCGUCUGAGUUUCCUCGACAAGUACAUCAAAGAGAUGCAGCGUCGUCACAACCCAAGUUUCCAACCAGCGCGAACCGCCAGAGUGGAUCUCGUACUGCCUGGGGGUUACAAAAUCCCCAAGGACUCUGUUGUUCUCCCUGCAUUGCAUCACAUUCAUAACAACCCUGAUCUGUGGGACAAUCCUCACAAAUUUACCCCAGACCGCUGGGAUACAGAGGAAGUCAAAAACAGACACAAGGCAGCGUAUGUCCCAUUUGCAAUGGGUCCACGCAUGUGCAUUGGUUUCAACUUUGCUUUGCAGGAGAUCAAAGUGUUUCUUCCGAAGCUGAUCUAUCGGUAUAAGUUCAUUCGUGAGGGCGAUGGGCCGAUUGAAUAUGACCCCAUGUUCCAGUUGAUUCGGCCCAACAACCUCUAUGUGAGAGCAGAGAGGAGAGUCAAGUGGCCUCCGACAACAGAAUCCUUGGAGCAGGCGCACUUGUAA